AUGUUACUGCCAUUCCUCCGUACUGCUCACGCCGCUGGCCAUGUAGCCAACCAAUUGACUGCAGCAUACUCACUGGCAGGCGCCGGAUCUAGACCAAGCAUCUCUCCCCACAGACUUGCCCCAAAAGUUAGAGCACAAAAAAGGAACGUUCAAGCAAAAAGUCUUAGCUUCAGACUUGUGCCGGAUUCAGACCCGGGGUUGGCUCGAAUGAUGCCAUCGCCCACCCGGCGCUUCCGGUCUCCUCAGAGGCAUCGCCCUGAUGACAGAGAGCAAGAUUUCCUGGAAUGGGCAUCAGACGCGUCAAAUUCAGAGGCUCCGCUACGCGCUCGUGACCUCGACGACGAAGAAGCGGCGAGACUCCUCAAGCCUGACGCGGAAUGCACCAUUAGCUCGUUGGACGAUCUCGAACUAGAGCAACAUGGGUACCCAUUUCGAUGGAGCAAGGUCCUGUUCGAAGGAGGCCAGUCAAGACAAUUCGAUCCCUUCAGCCUGAUGGAUCCCAUCUGGAUGCUGCACAGAGAUCACCAUCUCCCAAGUUUAGAAGGUUGCGACGGUUCUCCCUUGUUCUCCUUCUGCUUUUCGCCAUGCUUUCCUUCUGUCAGAGGUGUUAUUCAGUUCGUCAUCCUAGUAUGCGGGAUCGUCCUCUCGUUCUUCCCGGAGGAAUUGGAACAGGCCUGGGAUGACUCCAAAGGUCUGGCACAUUGGCCUACAGAUGCUACAAGGGAUAUCAUACCGGUAGCAUGCCACUCGCACAACGAUUAUUGGCGACCCGUUCCCCUCUUCUCUGCUAUCAAGGCUGGCUGCAUCAGUGUUGAGGCGGACGUCUGGCUGAUUGAUGAGGAACUCUACGUGGGCCAUUCGACCUCGGCUCUCACUCCUAACCGCACACUGAAAAACCUCUAUGUGAAUCCUCUUGUGGAUCUAUUGGAGAAACAGAAUCCGUUGACGCGAUUUCACCCCUCCAAAGACCAUCCUUUGCAGGGUGUCUUUGAUACCGAUCCGUCUCAGACCCUAGUUCUGCUUAUUGACUUUAAGACCAACGGUUCAAAAACGUGGCCCUAUGUCGUCUCUCACCUGUCUCCGUUGCGAGACCGGUGUUAUCUGAGUUACUACAAUGGUGCGGAGGUAGUCAAUGGCCCUGUGACAGUGGUCGCGACGGGGGAUGCGCCCUUUGAUCUGUUGACGUCAAACACCACCUAUCGAGAUAUCUUUUUCGAUGCGCCGCUGGAUUGGAUGGCAGAUGGAGACAUGGAAAGCGCAGAUAACACAGAACAUAUGCGUUCUAUGCAGGAUCAUGGACAGGGCCACGCCGUCAACCCCAGCGUGGCUGAUCCUGACAGAUACAAUCCUACCAACAGCUACUACGCUUCGGUAUCUUUUAAAGAAUCGAUCGGCUUCCCCUGGCGCUUCCACAUCACAUCGGAGCAGCUGAAUCUCAUCCGGGCUCAAAUCAACGGAGCCCACCGCCGAGGUCUGAAGGCCCGGUAUUGGGGCACUCCCAGCUGGCCUCGAAGUCUGCGAAACCAUGUCUGGAGUGUACUCGAGCGAGAAGGCGUGGAUGUCCUAAACGUCGACGAUCUCCGGAGUGCGACCACCAAGGAUUGGCGGCAUCGCUUCAGCGAUUGGUGGUACUAG